ACCUCUAUAAAUAGAAGACAAACAGAUCCUCAUAAACAACAAAGCAAAAUAAAUUUCAACCAACUUAAGUCCGAAAAGCUUCCGAAGUAUCCAAAGACAUGGAAAAGACUGUCAAAUCAGCACUGUUGGUACUCCUCUUUGUUAUUGCAAUUGGUUUACCAGUGGGUCAAUCGUGUUCCAGCUCAUACGACUGCAGAAUAACAGGAUGCCCCUGUGUUAAUAGUGAGUGUAAAUGCUCGUACCAAACAACAAAUAUAAACUCACAAGUGCCACCAAAGCCACCAACAGCAAAUAUAAACUCACGAGUGCCACCAAAGCCACCAACAGCAAAUAUAAACUCACGAGUGCCACCAAAGCCACCAACAGUAAAUAUAAACUCACGAGUGCCACCAAAGCCACCAACAGCAAAUAUAAUAAACUCACAAGUGCCACCAAAGCCACCAACAUCCCAUCGAAAGGUGCAGAGUCCCCAUCUGCCAUGAUGGAGCCGAAAUAUCUGAUACACCCCUGAGACAAGAUGCUCCCUUUAGAAUAAACUUGACUACAAUAAGAUGCUCCCUCUAGAAUAAACAUGACUACAAUAAGACAGGAACAUAAAUUGCUAUGUAGAAUCAUGGCAGUUUAUUAAGAAUUAUUACUAUCUGUAUGUUAAGGUUUAUGUAAGCUGGAGGGCUAUCUUCAAAAGAAUUAAUGGCAAUCUAUGCUCAGACAUGCAAGUUUACAUUUGCAUGUUAAAAGUGCAGUGUAAGAUGAAAUAACAAUAACUUUCUUUGUAAAUUCAUCA